GCAGCACUAGGAAACUAAGACAAUGAGCAUGAAAAGACAAAGGCAGAGAGGAGAGUCUGGUCGCCAAGAACCGUCCCUGUGGCUGCAUUGCUCAGAGUGGUCAGAACCUUGUUUGCACAGAGAUGACCCUCGGACAUCGCCAUCAGGAUGGGAGUGGUGAGCAGCAAAAGGCAGGUCAAGGAGAAGCCUGGGAGCCAAUGGAGCCCCGUGAAGCUCCUCCCGAGCAAGGACCCUCCACCGCUGCCCCCCUUGCGUGGGCAAAGAACACAAACAUCUGUCAUCAAGUUGAAAGAAUGGGACAAGGUCGUCUUUAAUCAUCUUUCUUCUCCACCUCCGGACAAGGACCCGGAUCAAGAGAACCAUUUUGUGGUGGCUCUGUAUGAUUACGACGGGGUGAACGACCGGGACCUGCAGAUGCGGAAGGGAGAGAAGCUGCAGAUCCUGAGCGAAAGUGGAGAUUGGUGGCUGGCCAGAUCACUCAUCACCGGAAGAGAAGGCUACGUUCCCAGCAACUUCGUGGUCCGCGUAGAGACCCUGGAGGUGGAAAAGUGGUUCUUCAGAUCAAUCAGCAGGAAAGAUGCGGAGAGGCGGCUUCUGGCGCCAAUCAAUAAGGCCGGCUCCUUCCUUAUAAGAGAGAGUGAAACAAAUAUGGGUUCUUUCGCCCUGUCUAUGAAGGAUGUAACCCCUCGGGGGGAGGUGAUCAAGCACUAUAAAAUCCGCGCACUGGAUCAAGGAGGCUAUUACAUCUCCCCCAGGAUUACCUUUCCCUCGCUCCAAGACCUGGUGCAGCACUAUUCUAAGAAGGGAGAUGGCUUGUGCCAGAGGCUGACCCUGCCGUGUGUCAGCCUGGCUCCUCAGGACCCCUGGGCCCAGGACGAGUGGGAAAUUCCCCGGCAGUCUCUCAAACUGGUCCGGAAACUCGGGUCUGGGCAGUUUGGUGAAGUCUGGAUGGGUUAUUACAAAAACAAUGUGAAAGUGGCCAUCAAGACACUGAAGGAGGGAAGUAUGUCUCCAGAAGCCUUCCUGGGUGAGGCCAACGUGAUGAAAACCCUCCAGCAUGAGAGGCUGGUUCGUCUGUACGCCGUGGUCACCAAGGACCCCAUCUACAUCGUCACGGAGUACAUGGCCAGAGGGUGCCUUCUGGAUUUCUUGAAGAUGGACGAAGGCAGCAAAUUGUCCUUCCCAAGACUGAUUGACAUGUCUGCCCAGAUUGCAGAAGGAAUGGCCUACAUCGAGAAGAGAAACUCGAUCCACCGUGACUUGAGGGCAGCCAACAUCCUGGUGUCUGAGACCCUGUGCUGCAAAAUCGCGGACUUUGGGUUGGCCCGCAUCAUUGACAGUGAAUACACCGCCCAAGAGGGUGCCAAGUUCCCCAUCAAGUGGACGGCCCCGGAGGCUAUCCAUUAUGGGGUGUUCACCAUCAAAGCAGAUGUGUGGUCAUUUGGAAUCCUCUUGAUGGAAAUCGUCACUUAUGGCCGAGUGCCAUACCCAGGCAUGAGCAACCCCGAGGUCAUCCACAGCCUGGGCCGAGGCUACCGCAUGCCGCGCCCGGACUCGUGCCCGUCUGAGCUGUACAACAGCGUCAUCACCGAGUGCUGGCGCAGCCGGCCGGAGGAGCGGCCCACCUUCGAGUUCCUGCAGUCGGUGCUGGAGGACUUCGACAUGGCCACCGAGCAGCAGUAUGAACUCCAGCCCUAGGCUGCGGCCCAGAGGAGACGCCGCAGGGCCUUCGAGGGCUCCCAGGGGACAGCGGUCCUUCGCCACCGUUGGGCAGACCAGGAGGCUUGAGCAGGCCUGGCCGCACAGAGCCCUGCGGACCCCGGAAAAUCAGGGUGGGAUCUGGAUCCCCCUUGCGCAGAGGGGGAAACGCGAGGGGAGGUGCUGGUGGAAACCAGCAUUUGCUCGGACGCCCGCCCGCCAGCACCUGCAUCUCAGCUCCAGCCUUCCCUGCCCGGCUCCGUCGCCUCUCGGUGCCCGCGGCCUCUCUUUUCAAACAGGCAGCGACGGGCAGAGCGCCUACCUCAUACCUGGCAAGAGGAUGGAAUUCCCUAACCCAGAUGAGAGCCUGGCGCCUGUGACACAAUCCAGUGAUUGUCGUCAAGCGGUGGCACUGACUGAGAAGUUGGCCCACAAGUGACCGGGGUGCCUUUGCCCCUCUGGCCUUCGGGGACCUCCUCUCUCAGCGGGCUCCCUUUCUGCUGCCCCCAGAAGGGGUCCCGACUACGGAAUCCUCCAGAUGUCCGGUGGGCGAAUCGCCUAGGGCGUCAGGUUCUAGCAAGGGCAAACAGGCCGGCCCCAGCCUACUUUUUUGUAAUAAAGUCAUGUGAGUCUGAGAUUG